AACAUUCUGCAAGGUAAGGCUGUUUCUGCUUCUCUGCUCUGCUCUGCUCUCCGAGGGAUGGGAUCUGACAUGGAGGACAGGCAUGUCCACCACUGAACCUGCAUGUUAAAGGGAGAAGGCCUGUUGUGCUGCGCUGUGCUGCAAGGGUAGGGACAGACUGUUUAUUCUGGCUGGGAGAUCACUAUGUUAGGGAGUGGGGAGAAAAGAGGGACAGACAGAGGAUGAUGCAGGAGGGAGAAGGAGCUGUGGCUCUCAGCCUGUGCUCCUCACUGGACGCUGUGCUGCAGAGAUUGCUGUGUUGUUGUUUGGGUGGUUGGUUGGUUUGCUUGCUCAGGUUAAAGGGUUUUUUUAGGGUAGAGAAGCCUUGAUAACUGCGGUCAUGUUCUCACUGCUCUCAGCAGCAGACUGUACAGGGUUUGCUCGUUCUCUCUCUCACUCACACAUACACACACACACACACACACACACACACACACACACACACAGAGUAUCUGAUUUCAGUCUUUUUUACACUAUUCAUUGUGAGGAAAAUGGAGAUAGUGUUAUUUAAAGUUUUUCGUUUUUGUUCAUGAUAGACUGGUGUGAACAGGUGGUUGACACACAGUCCAGUCAUACUGAUUUGUAUGAGCCUCCUUUUAGAAAUGACCUCUUGGAUAUACAGAAUUAAAAUGAUUAUCAAUUAUUCAGUUAGCAUUAUACAAGACUCUUAGCUAUACAUGGCAAUGCGGUUCUUUUUCAGACCUCUAUUUCUUAUUGUUAUUACAAAGAAUGCAAACUCUAAAUUUAAUAACUUUCACGUAAUUCAUAUAUCUUUUCAUAGCUUGACAUUGAUUAUCCUCAGCAUGUUAUCUCUCCCCAUUUCAAGCCGUGUGCACCAAAGGGCUGUUGUUGCUGUGUUUAAAUUUAAAUGUACCCCUACAAGGUUAUUUGUCUUUCUAGUUGCACUGCUUUUGAAUGUUUUCUUGCUGUGGGACUUCUUUCAGGCAAACCUAGAUCAAUACUCGGCUUCACUAAUUCUGCUUCAUCUUUAUCUGUUUCACUCAUACAUCCCAGAGUGUUUAAUCUCACCUCACUGUUUGACAUGCUCCUUGUGUGUAACCAAUUAGUUUCAAAUUCUGUGAUGUGUGCUUGUCUUCAAUAAAACAUUAUGUCAGGUGUGGUAGAAUAUGUAUCCACCCUGACACAGGGCCGGUUUCCUAAACAUGGAGUAAGCCUAGUAUUAGACUGGAAGAGAACUUCAGUGGAAAUCUCCUUUGGAGAAAGCUUUUAGUCUAGCGUUCUCACAUGAAAGACUGAGAACAUUGCCGAAGCCAGCACACAUCAGUUAGUGACAUUACGCACCUUGUGGCCACUAAUAUCCCAUCCCUCUCUCUCUCUACUGUCUCUGUCUCUCUCUUUGUUUAUCUGUCUCUCUGGUGGUAUCCUCAUCUAACCCUGCCAGCUAACCCUGCUGUGACCUUACCGCGCCAUUGUCCUCAUGUGUUUCCAGGCUGCUCCACCCACUGACCCCGACUCAGAGGUGGUGGCUCUAGGCCACCGGCCCAAGUGCCCCAUCCCUAACGUCCCCUCCACGCUGGACAAGCAGACUAACUGGUCCCACCCGCUGCCGCUGCCCACGCCCGAGGAGAGGAUGAAAACCGAUUCCCAAGUGGUCACCUCGUGCGUCGUGCCCAUUAACGUUACGGAGGAGGUGUCCGUCUCUUCCUCCCCCCCAGCGAUAUCAGCCUUCUUCAGGGUCGGCUUUGACAGAGACGCCAGUGUGCGCUGCUCACUCGUUCACUCCCAGUCGGUGCUUCAGCGGAGGAGGAAGUUGAGGAGACGGAAGACCAUCUCCGGAAUUCCCAGGCGUGUACAGCAGGACCUAGACUCGGAUGAGUCUCCUGUUGCGAGGGAGCGGACGGUGAUUGUGCACGCGAACCCCGAGGCCUGCCAGGAGGACGACAGGCUCAGCAGCCACCUCAGUACCAAGGACUCGGGCUGCCAGACGGAGGAGAUCCUCAUCGCCGCCACGGCCCCCUCGCGCAGGCGGAUACGAGCCCAGAGAGGCCAGGGCGCCACCGUCUCGCUCUCCCACUCCACAGGCAACAUCUCUUCUCUGCCCGACAGCUCCGACACCAUGUACAGCUCCUCCAUGGGCGCCCGCCUGCGCUCCCGCAGCCUGCCCCGCGACGGGAGGCACCUGGUGGACGAGGACCACGACGAGAGUGAAGAGGACGAUGAGGAAGAGGAGGAAGAGGAGCUCUCGCCGUUCGAGGCAGAGGACUUCCUGCCAGUUCCCGGGGAGCACAUCCUGAAGGACGAGGAGGAGAGCACGGACGACCAGGCGCUUCCUGAACAUCAGCUCGGCAGCCUGAAGUACAAGCAGCACGCGGGGAGUCCCGAGCAUGGCUGGCUGGAGCGCGGGCGCUCGCGGCUCCCGCGGAAGGUGGACAUGGGGAGCUGCGAGAUCUCGUCCAGCUCGGACACCUUCAGCAGUCCCAUCCACUCGGUGUCCAACGCCGGGGUGCUGACCAGUCAGAUGGACCACAAGGAGGACCACCAGUCCUCGAGCGGUAACUGGAGCGGCAGCAGCUCCACCUGCCCCUCACAGACGUCCGAGACCAUCCCCCCCGCAGCCUCCCCACCACUGACCGGCUCCUCGCACUGUGACUCGGAGUUGUCCCUUAAUGCAGUUUCGCAUGCCAAUGAUGACACAGCCGGUUUCAUCCUAGACCCUUACCCGACGGACAGGCUGCAGGGCCUCAGGGGCCACAGGACGGGCUCUUUCACCUCAACAGCCACGGACAUGCUGGACGACGCAGGGGUCAGCACGGCCAGUGAGGGAGAGUGGGGCUACCCGCACCACCGGCACAGCACGUCCUACCAUCAGGACUUCAGCCCUGAACACUCACGGGAAGAAGAGAGCAGCUUGGAGUGCCCGAGCUUCGCCAGCAUAGCCACCUUUGAAAGCCUCACGGACAAGCCACCGUCUGAUAAGGCUGACACCGUCUCCCACUACUCGGUGGACACCGAAGGCUACUAUACCUCCAUGCACUUUGACUGUGGUCUUAAAGGUAGCAAAAGCUUCACGUAUAACUAUGCAGCUCAAGAGCAGCGUCAGGCGGAGUACAGAAGUCACAUGACCCUCGGGAGACACUGUCUAUCCCUGAGAAAACCAAAGGCGAAGCCUGCUCCGCCCCAACGCAGCACGUCCCUGAGGAAAAUCAGUGGUGCUGGAGGUGGAGGCCCUCACAACAAGAGCGAACCAAAGAUAACCUGUGGGCAGACCCUGCCAAUGUCUUCCAGGGAGAGGAAGCUGCAGCUGGACUUAGCCAGCUCCUCAGGACCGCCUGAGAGUGAGGAGACGCUUGAAGCUUGGGGGGUGGAGAGCACCAGCGAGAUGACUGAUGUGACGUUGUUCGUUUCUGGUGAGACGCACUCUUUCAAGGAUGAAGGGGCCGUGCAGUCUGAGUAUGCGGAUCUCUGGCUCCUCAACGACCUGAAGUCGAACGAUCCCUACAGGUCGUUGUCGAACUCCAGCACUGCUACAGGUACAACGGUCAUCGAGUGCAUCAAGUCCCAAGAGAGUUCUGAAUCGCAGACGUCGCAGUCGGGGUCACGAGCCACCACGCCCUCACUGCCUUCAGUGGAGAAUGAGUUCAAGCUUCCCUCGCCAGAGAAGCUGAUUGGCCUCGCCUCACCCUCCAGUGGGUAUUCCAGCCAAUCAGAAACCCCGACAUCCACCUUCCCCUCUGCUUUCUUCCCAAGUCCCUUAUCCCCGAGCAGUGGCAAGAGGAAGCCAAAAGUUCCCGAGAGAAAGUCCUCUCUCUCUUCCUUACAACUACAACAACAACAACAGCACCAAUCAUCCAAGAGGGACCUAGAGCUGCCAGUCAUACCUCCAACUCACCUUGACCUAAGUGCUCUUCACAACGUUAACAAGCCUUCAGCCCACCGGAGCCAGAUGCACAUCCUCCAUCAGAACAAGCAGAAGGCGGCAGCUGCUGCAGCAGCCAAAGCAGAGGCCAGAGCCUCUGCUGCCGAAGCUAUUGUCGGCGCCGCAUCCAUGGCCAUCACUCCCACGGUGCUUCGUUCAGUCCAGCUGCGGUCUGUCGGGAGGUCCGGCGAAGGAAGUUACGAGAGGCUCGCCACCGCCACACGGCCCAAGUGUCCCACUGUGACCAUCAGCACCACCCCGGCAAACACCAAGCCUUUAGAAUCGCGGAAACCUCCACCUUACAGACCCCAGGAACCCCACGCUCAGGAGCACUGUGGAUCACUGUUUACUCCAGGCAACAGAGCCGUGGCAAAAGAUGUAGCAAGUAACAGUGGUGUGAGAUUCAGGCACGACAGGCUUGCACCAAUGCCCCUGUGGAAUAUGACAGCCUUCCGAGGCCAGCCAGACCAAGCGGGGCCUGAAGAUGACCGCUUGGAGAGCGGGACCGAAGGUCAGGGGAUCUCUGAGGGCACUGCUGAUUCUGAGGAAGAGAAGCAAGGCUUGAGGGUCGUAAAGCCUCUCUUCCCCGGGAGCAGUAUGGACGUGGAACAGAAUGAAGCACUGAAAUUGGAACUAAAAGAGGAAAGCUCGACGUUGUUGUGUCUGCCUAAGACGGGGUCUCCACCGACCCAGCACGGAAUAGCCAAGAGGUCUGAAAGUCUUGACCAAGUGCCUGAUAUAAUAACUCAAUCAGAAACAUCGCAAGCUUACUCAAUCAGCGAUGCUGGUAACCAAGAGGAGGAAUAUGAAACAUCAGGUGUUCCUACCAGAAGUGCCUCGCAGGACAGCAGGGAGGAUGGCUCCACUCCAGACGAGGACUACUUCAGCAAGGAGUCCACACCCAGCGAUCCCGCAGUAUCUCCAUUAAAUGAUGACAGUAGAUCGGACGAGGACAGUGUCUUCCUGUCACCGAAUCGGAGCCGUACAACUGAGGAUCUCUUUGCAAUGAUUCACAGGUCCAAAAGGAAAGUGCUUGGGAGAAAGGACUCUGGAGACCUAGGAGGGCGGAACAGGUUGGGUGGUGCAUCAGCCACCACUCCACCCAACAACACUAUGACCUCUCCAACUACGCCCGUUACACCAACCACGCCUACCACACCAACGGGUCCUCUUCAGAGAACUCCAGGACAGAUAUACAGAAGCGCGAAAAAGUCCAGCACCUCCAACGAGGAGUUCAAGCUGCUGCUGCUGAAGAAAGGCAGUCGGUCCGAUUCCAGCUACCGCAUGUCGGCCACAGAGAUUCUGAAGAGCCCGAUCGCGCCAAAGUCUCCCGGUGAUUCGUUCGCCGAGGGGGGCAAGCAGCUAAGCGAGCCCGGCUCUCCCCAGCAUCAGCAGUCCCCGCCAGGCACAUCCGAGCAGCUGUCCAGCCCUUUCCCCAAAGCCAACACAGAGGGCUUUUCCCCGAAAGCCUUUCCUGUCACUGCCUCUUCACGGCAGGGGCGCUCUAGAAUACCACCUGCUGCAAACAGCAGCCGGUACAGUACCCGCAGCCGGCUGUACACGGCACCCAUGCAGGCAAUCUCAGAGGGGGAGACGGAGAACUCCGACGGGAGUCCACACGACGACCGCUCCUCUUAGAGUAUGCACCUUCCGCUUUAACACUGUAAAGGCUACUAACACAAAAAAACAUUUUUUAAAAGAAGGCAUGACAGGAGACAAAAAAACGAGAAAAGCCUUCAGACGGAGCUAAUGCUCUGACAGUUGCAUUGUUCGAAGAUAAUUUGAUGCGUGUGUCACUGAAAAUUGUGAGAAGAAAAUAAGGACAGAAAAAAAAACUUUGUUUGUACCCUUUUUGUACCACACAACAAGUGAACCGGUUUUAGGGGAAAAAAACAAAGCCUAUUCUAGUGAUGUUGUAGUAAUCCAAUAUGAUUUUUAAUUAUUAAUAUUUUUUAAAUGCUGCAGUCCUUGAGAACUACAUCAUGAAAUGACUUUCAAAAGCUGGUUAUCAAAUUUAGAGUGAUGAUGAACUAUGACAGAAUACUAUACAAGGGCACAGGGGCAUCAUUCCACAAAUGUCCAAGCAGUCCUUCUUUGUAACUUUUCACAGAAAACACAAAUUGCAUUGUGAAAUGAAAUGAAAAAUUCAAACAUAAUGUACUGCAUAGGACAUGACUGUGAAAAGCAAGUGGUCCAGAAAAUUUUACAAGAAGGGAAUGAUCAAUUCCUACAUGCUAAUUUGUCACUGCAAAGUGACACUUGGGACAAUCUAAUGGUGGCCUUUUGUAUAGUGGGUCUUAGGAUUGAUUGGGCUGAUAUGACACGUGUUUAAGACUGUUCAGCCUUUUUACGGCGGGUCUGAAAAACCUUCAGCUGGAAGCUUGGCAGGGUAGGUGCUUUGUCACCUACGGCACCUUUGCACUUCUCUCAGUUCCUCAAGAAUACCACUUCAUAGAGUUUUAUAUGAAAUUAAUGCCACAUUUUAAAGGUAGAGAUAUAAAUAUCUAUAUCUAUAUACAUAUAUAUAUAAAGAGGCUAUAUACAUAUAUGUUUUUAAUGACACAAGCUCAAAAUGGCAGUGAAUUCUUUGUCAGUGGCACAUGGUGAUUACACCCAGCUAUGCCUGCCUUAGGUGUUACAGUAGUUAUUAUGUGAACUCAAUAUACUGGGAUCUGUCACAUAAACCUCAGUGCAAGAGGCAUGCUAUUUAAAGCGCAGCUCUUCUAUUUUAAUUAAAUGUUUGGUAUUUCUAAAUCUUCAAAUCACAAGAGGAAACACAUUGACUGUGCUCAUGGUAUUUUCCACAUUUUUUUCCACCUACUCAGAAAAAAAUAGACUGUUGUAGUGACAGUAACAGUUGAUCACUUGAAAAAUGACCACCAUCAUAGCUUUGUGGAAACUCUAAAACAAUAUGGUUACCCAAUGUAUUCUGUGAAUACCUCUGCAAUUAUGUAUACUGUUGAUUUGAGAUUUUAUGCUGUUCACUCAAAGGUGAAUAAUUUAGUCAUCACAUUCACACAGACACACAGCAGGAUUAACACUGUGCAAUUUAGAAUAGGAAAAACAAGCCCUGUGAAACCAGUAGAUUGCUGGGUAGCAGAACACUUUGACCAGCAUGUGGUGAAGUGUGUUUCGUUACAUAAUACCCCCCUUGUCUUCUCAUUAUACGCAUGCAUUUGAAAAAAAAAGCAAAAUAAGAGAAAGUUUGCAAAUGGGAAAAUAUAUAAAUAUACCUAUAUAUACAUAAAAACUCAAAUUUUGUGAAUUAACAUUGUCAACAUCAUUUGAAAUUGUCUCGUCAGUAUGUUGAGUAGAUGUAUACUGUAUCCAUUUUCUUCAAACUGUAUGGUAGUGUUUUUUGCCAUAUCUAAGCAAACUUACUUGACAAUCUUAAUCAAAUCUCUUAUGGCUAGUUCGGGUGGAAACUUCAGAGGUGGCGACAAGGCAAAGGGAACAUGGAUUGAGCUGUGGCCGAGAGGCAGGGGUCAGAGAGCUUGGGCCUUACACAGGCCAAGAUGGAAUGGCUAGAUGAUGUGGCCGAAAGGCGUUCUGUAGUAUACGUGAUCAUGGGUGUAUGUAUGCAAUGUUGAGAGGGCAGUGGAAAGUGUAGAGUUGGAGCAAGAGGGAUGGUUUUUGAUUUGGAGGAUGGCUCAUGAGAGGAUGUUCUUUGUGCAGCUAAUUGCUGUUUUAAGGAAAAUGGAACAGUCUUGAGCCUAUUUUGCCAGGAUCAAAUCAGAGUGCAAAGUCAUGUUUGAAAGAGUGAGUGUCUCAUUGUGGUGUUCCAUGUGAGAGACUUUCCAUGUCUCUUGUUUUUGAGGUUUUUAAAUUGUGACAAAAAUGUGUAAAUACAUAGAUUUUCUUAAACAUAUGCCACACCCCUAUAUUUUUGUUUCAUAUCCAAACCUUGAGGUUUUGGAAUCUAACCAUUAUUUUUAUCAUUCUGAUGCAGCAAAUGACUACAUUUACAUAUAUUUAUUUUUGGUACUAAAAGACUAGAAUCAAGAAAGAAAGGAACUUUGGUUCAAAAUUGGAAAUUGAAAUAAUUGUCCUGUAAUUGGUGCGUAUCUAUUCUCUAUAAUGGCUUAGAAUACGGAGCGCAAUACAUUUCAGCAAAGAUUUUAUUAUUGUUUUACUCUAAAUAAAUUCUUAUUCUUAUUUUUGAACAAAAAAAGAGCUGAACAGACACAUCAAGCUUUGAAUCAUGUUUAAUCAACUGUAGACACUGGUUACUUAGAACAUAAAUGAGGUUUACGAUUAACCAAUGAAAACCUCCUAACGCU